UCUUCGUCUUCUGGGCACGUCAGCUGAGCCGGUAAGGGCUGAAGAGGAGCGUUGCGCAAGCGCGCCCCAGACGGUCACAGGUAACUCCCAUCUGACGGGCGAGGCGUCGCCGUCGUCGCCGGAAGUUUAGCGUUUCUGCGCCGCGGGAGAGGCGGCGGUCGCGGCAGAAGCAGCUGAAUGUCUCCUGGUACCCGGAUGUGAGGCAAUUCGCUGGCUCGCCUUGGACCCUCUGCCAGGAGUGGGGAAGGUACGCGAGAGUGCUCAGCGUCCCCGCCGCCUGCUGUCGCGCCGCCUGGGUCCUCAUCUCCGUUUUGCCAGCCCCUCGGGUCGCCGGACGGCUUUUCCCCCUUCCUGUCCCACCCUCUGCACGCCUCUUCCUAUUUCCCUGGUUCGGGCUCAGGAGCGCCUGGGAGGGAGUGGGCGGCUUGCAGACGCCGUCGCCUGACGGAGGCAACAACGUGCGCAUCUCGGCCCGCCCAGUCGCUGCACCACCUGCCGCUACUUGCGGGGCGGUCAGAGGUGCUGUGUAAUGCGUUAAGAAAAUACUAUAAGGAAUGAUUUUGUCAAGUUUUCAUGAGUUAUGGUGGCUGAAAGACCAAUUCUGUAUUGUGGGGAAAGGACUAAAAGCCACCACAAAAGGAAAUCUUUAUUAAUUGAGUAUUUUAUUAAACGAAAAAGGUUAGAUAAGAAUUUCAAACCAACAGACUCAGCAAGCAAGGAACUAAACGUAUUAGCCAUAAGACAUGCUUCAAAUGAAUCAAAGUCUAAUAACUGUAGACUUCAGAAGAAAAAAGUUUUCCAAGACAUCAAAACAGACUGGUCAGUGAUACAUAACUCCUCCAGUAAUAGGGCUAGACCUGAAAACUUUUCAAUAAUAAUUGAAAAAGUAACAGUUUGAACCUAAAUUAAGAUUUUUCAUCAAAAAAUGUUCACAAUUUCAAUUUAGAAUUAAAUUUUCUUCAACUUCUUAUUGCCUGUCCAAGGUAAAACAAAUAUCUCUUAUCCUUCAUGCCAGCUUUCCUUGUGUCCUAGGGAUGACUAAAACCUUACUUGAAGCAAACUAGUACUUUUGUUGAAAAUGUAUAUCAACAUCAGUUAAACCAGGUCUUUAAAGCCUCCUCAAUAGUAAUAGUAGAUAUUCAACAUUCAUACCUACCAGUACACAAAAAUCCUCUCAAAAACUACUUAGAAAAGGAGGACCUUACUCAGGAAUGAUGUCCAUUCAAGAGAAAUUAAAAGAAAAUUCCUCCAAUGUUAUUAAAAAAAGUGAAGAUAAGAAUUUAGGAACACAAAUUCAAGGUUCUCUAAAGAAUCCAGCAAAAAAAUCAGGUCCAAAAGAAACUACAAAAUCAUUGGUGAAAUCGUCCAGUGAAAGUAAAAUAAAUCAGCCUGAAUUGGGAACAUACAUGAGUACAAGAUCAGCAAAGGCAGUGUCCAAUGAUAAAAAAGCCAGCAAAUCCAUUAGUAAAAAUAUGGUAAUUCUGAAGGGACAGUCACAGCAAGAAUCUACAAAAAAGAAGAAAUUAUGUCAGAAAAAUUCAGUCCAUGAAAUCCCCAAAUCAAAUGAACAACUUAAUCGGAGAUCACAAAGAUUACAGCAGUUAACAGAGGUUUCAACAAGGACUCUGCGCAGUAGAGAAAUUCAGGGUCUAGUUCAAGUAGUUAAACAGAAUUUGCCACCAACAAGGAAGGAGCGCUCUAGUAACACUCAAAAUAAAUCUAAUAAAGUUAAAACAAGUCAGAAACAUGUGAAAAGAAAAGUACUGGAAAUAAAAUCUGACUCUAAAGGGGAUGAAAAUCCAGUAGUAAAUGAAGUAACAAAUUCACCAAAAGGAAAAAAACGCAAAGUAGAACAACAGAUAGCUUAUACUUGUAGUUCUCAAUGCAUAAAAGGAUCUGAGAAGUGUCUUCAGAAGAAUGUUAGAAAAGAAGAAACAAGAACUGUGCCUGUAACCUCAUCUGAGAUAAGAAGAUCCAAAAUGACUACUUCAGUGGUCUCUAAAAAGAAUGAGAUAAAGAAGUCAGUUCAUACACAAGUGAAUAGUAGUGUAAAAUCCCAAAAAAGUCCGAAGCCAUCAGUGCCUGAACAAAGUGUAGAUGAUGAGCUGGAGCAAACAGGAAAGAGCAAACGAGGUAGCAUUCUCCAGCUCUGUGAAGAAAUUGCUGGCGAAAUUGAGUCGGAUACUGUAGAGGUAAAAAAGGAAUCUUCACAAAUGGAGAAUGUAAAGGAGGAGAAACUUACAGAAGUUAAGUUGGAAAAGACUGAGGUUGAAAAACAAAUAAUUCAGAAGGAAACAACUCAGGAUGUCCAGUGUAAUCGUUUCUUCCCCAGUAGAAAAACAAAGCCUGUGAAAUGUAUACUAAAUGGAAUAAACAGCUCUGCUAAAAAGAACUCCAAUUGGACUAAAAUUAAACUCUCAAAAUUUAACUCUGUGCAGCAGAAUAAGUUGGACUCUCAAGCUUCCCCGAAAUUGGGCUUAUUACAAACCAGUUUUUCAUUACCAGCUUUAGAAAUGCAUCAUCAUCAAAGCUCACUUUUAGAUAUCAAGUCACCUGAUGAUAAAGGCAUAGCUUGCCAGAAGAAAGAAAUGAAAGAAGUUAAUUCUGAAGUUAGAAUUAAUAACAUUAAGGUUGAAUUUAGAAAAAACACAAAAGUGGCUUCUGAAAACUGUCAAGUGGAUAAUCAGACAAAACCUUCCAUCCCACCUUUGGGUAACCAGAUGAAACAUUCAUUGGAGUUGACAUCAGAUAAGAAUGUCAGCCUGUGUUUGCAAUCCAAGAUUGAAAACAAUCCAGUGGAAAAUACUGUUUCAACAUUUGUCAGUCAAGCAAAACUUGAUACAGGGGAGAGUAAAUUUGCAGGUUCAGCACCCAAACAGCAAUGCAGUGAUAACAAAACAUCUAAGUCCAGUGAUAACAGAGAGACCUCAGAUUAUUGGCCUAAGUGUAAUUCUCAUUUGGAGAUAACAAUUCCAAAGGACUUGAAACUAAAAGAAACAGAGAAAGUUGAUGAAAAACAGUUGAUCAUAGAUGCAGGGCAGAAAAGAUUUGGAGCAGUUUCCUGCAACGUUUGUGGUAUGCUUUACACAGCUUCUAAUCCAGAAGAUGAAACACAGCAUUUGCUCUUCCACAACCAGUUUAUUAGUGCUGUAAAGUAUGUGGGCUGGAAAAAAGAAAGAAUUUUGGCUGAAUAUCCUGAUGGCAGGAUUAUAAUGGUUCUUCCUGAAGACCCAAAGUAUGCCCUGAAAAAGGUUGAUGAAAUUAGAGAGAUGGUUGAUAAUGAUUUAGGUUUCCAGCAGGCUCCACUAAUGUGCUAUUCGAGAACUAAAACACUUCUCUUUAUUUCUAACGACAAAAAAGUAGUUGGCUGCCUAAUUGCGGAACAUAUCCAGUGGGGCUACAGAGUUAUAGAAGAGAAACUUCCAGUUAUCAGGUCAGAAGAAGAAAAAGUCAGAUUUGAAAGGCAAAAGGCCUGGUGCUGCUCAACAUCGCCAGAACCUGCGAUCUGUGGGAUCAGCCGAAUAUGGGUAUUCAGCAUGAUGCGUCGGAAGAAAAUUGCUUCUCGUAUGAUUGAAUGCCUAAGGAGUAAUUUUAUAUAUGGCUCAUAUUUGAGUAAAGAAGAAAUUGCUUUCUCAGAUCCCACUCCUGAUGGAAAACUGUUUGCAACACAGUACUGUGGCACUGGUCAGUUUCUGGUAUAUAAUUUUAUUAAUGGACAAAAUAGUACCUAAAACAAAUUCUUGCUACAGUACUAGAAGACAUCUACUGAAGAGAAAUGGAUUGGUUGCUGACUUUAACCAGGAACUAGGGCCAUUUUUAUUACAAUGAACUCAGGACUGGCAACAGCCAAAAGGUUGUUCCACUUUCAUAAAAUUGGAAACAAUGCAGUAAUAGCUUAUUAUUGUUUUGUUUUUUAAAGAAGAUAUUUUAUUAUCUUUUACAGAAAUUUAUGAUUGAUGUAUUUUAUCUAUAGUUAUUUAGACAUGUUUACAUGCAGCAGAUAAUUGUUCAUAGUGGACUGAAAACUAAUGCAAGGACUAUGGUCUCAGUGAUAAGUACAUUUUGAAGUUCUUAAUAUGGAAAUAUACCAGUGUAGCUUGGUACUGUAUUUUUUAUAUUGAUCUGCUGAUACCAGUUACAGUUUUAAAGGUUGUAUUUUCACGGAGCAGAAACCCGUGAGUUACUGUUCAAGGAGGGUACAGCCUUACAUAUAUAAAAAUAUGAAGCUAACUCUUAAAGGGCCUGAAGUUUACUAGGACGGCAUUCCUUUAAAAUUUCAAAGGGUUAAGUAGGAAAAAGCAGGAAGAAUUUAUAAUAUUGAGAUUUUUGUUUUUUAUCCAAAAGGGCAGGUUUACUGCAAAAAGGGAGAGAGGAGUAAAGAACGGUUGCACAAACAAAAGUGGACAGAAACCCCUGGAAGGGGUAGUUUGCUAAAAGGGGCUUGCACUGCCAGGAACUGCAGCCCUGGGAGGAGAGCACCCCUGCUGCCCUGCAGAGGGAGGAGGUUGGCAAAAAGAGACACCUCACAGUAGCAGGCAGGCAGUUGUUCGUUCUCCUUUUUAAUAUUGAGCCUUUUCUUCCAUUUCUUUCUUUUAUGUUUUUUAAGGUAGUAAGAAGUGGAAGCGGUAAAGAAUUGAGGCUUUCCUUGUUGGAAAGUGAUAAAUGACUAGAAUGAGGAUGACACCCUUUGUAGUUUACCAUUCUGUUUUCUGUUUUUUUCUUUUAAUAAAUACCAUCUUUGACAUGCAUUGACUGUUAACAAAACCCCAAGAGGUUUAUAAAACCCUAUGGAUAGUCACAAGCUAAAUGUAGAUGAUUUGGUAUCUGCUUUGUUAUUCCUCAGAAAUACUACACUGAGUAUAUGUCCUCAUUACUGGACUUCAUUUUGAUACUUGUCUAUCCUUCAUAGUGCCCUCUACUUUUAAAGGGUUUAUAUGUUGAAAAACUGCUGUGGCCUUUUUGACUGUAAAUAAUGUAGAAUAAAAUAAUAAAAUACUUGAUAGCUUU